AUGUCGAUCCACCCCUCGCGACAAGCGUAUGUGGAGGAGCAGCAGGAGGAUGAUGCAGGCAUCAGCAUUGCCGAAUUGCCGACCGACACAAACUAUCAAAUUCCAUCCGCGUCUGGUGGACCCUCUCAAAAUGCCUCUACCGUGUUCAACGAUUUUGCUCGAAAGCGCAAAGCAGCUGCUAUGGCUGUCCCAACCGACGAUCAGCGAGUGCGGACCGAGCUGAGAGCCAGAGGAGAACCCAUCACCUUAUUCGGCGAACGCAAAGAGGACAGACGAGAUCGAUUACGCGAGUUGAUGCUGAAGGAGCAAGAAGGUGGCGAUGAUGAUGUUUCAAUGGCAGACGCAGGCGAGGAGGGCGGGAAGGACGAAGAAGAAGGCGAGUUCUACAUUGAAGGGAGCCAAGAUCUGCUAGCGGCGAGACGAGAUAUUUCGCGAUAUUCGUUACCGAGAGCAGCACAGCGCAUUGCACAUCAAAAGAUCGAGAGUAAAAUCAAGGUCGCGACGCAUGUGAGACAUCGGAAAGCAAUCAAGGAGAAGUUAGAAGGCAUAGAGUUGUUUGGAAGUCAGAUUGCCAGCGAGCGACCUGUCAGUGUUGUGCGGUUCGCCCCAGACGGCAACACGGUGGCGUGUGGCGAUUGGGGAGGAACCGUCAAGCUAUUGGAUGUGCCGAAUCUCGAUACUAAAGCCGUGCUUCGAGGACACAAGGGCAUAGUCGGCGGAUUAUGCUGGUUUCCAGGCGCCACCCUUUCGACUUCGAGCGUCAGCCCAGACAGCAUCAACCUCGCGUCCGCUGCGCAAGACAACGAGAUCCAUCUCUGGUCGCUCAACAAGGACACGCCUUUGGCCACUCUCAGCGGACAUAGCUCACGGGUUUGUCGAACGGAGUUCCAUCCAUCUGGACGAUAUUUGGCCAGUGCAAGCUACGACACUACUUGGAGGCUCUGGGAUGUCAACACCACUACUGAAUUACUGCUUCAGGAAGGUCACAGCAAGGAAGUCUACACCGUCAGCUUCAACGAGGACGGUAGUCUCAUCGCGUCUGCCGGUCUGGACUCGAUUGGUCGAAUCUGGGACAUGAGAACAGGUCGGACGGUCAUGCUCCUCGAAGGCCACGUUGCGCCAAUCCACGCUUUGGAUUGGAACAGCGACGGAGUACGAGUCAUGACAGGUAGUGCGGAUGGCUUCGCGAAAUGCUGGGACCUUCGCAACGUCAAAGAAUCCGCCAGCAUCGGAGCUCACAUGGGUGGCGUUUCAGACCUCAGAUGGUUCAAAGGCACAGAUGGUCCACUCUCUGGCAACACGCCACAAGCUGAUACUACGAUGACCAAUGGCGAUGGAGAAGAGCAUGAGGACAUUCAACCGAAGAAGAGCGGGACCUUCAUUGUCUCUAGUGGUUUCGAUAAGGCAGUCAACAUCUUCUCUGCGGAUGACUGGGCGCUGUGCAAGUCUCUCACAGGUCACGACGGAACGGUUCUGGCAGUCGACACGACCUCCGACGCCAAGUGGAUCGCUUCGUGUGGCCGUGAUCGUACGGUUAAGCUCUGGGCGAGGGACGAUAUGGAAGGCUUAUGA